GAACUGGCAACUGGGAAUGGGAGCUGCGAUCAUCUAGAUCAGGGAGCGAUUCCGCCUAUAAAUAGAUGGGGUGGUGGAACAUGAAACAGACAGAAGCCAAGUGAGUGAAUGUGAAGGAAAAGCCAAAAAUAAUUGAAAGCGUGGGCAGGAGAACAGUGCACACCGCAGGGGAAGAACACACCGAAAAAAGAGCGAGAAAAGUACAAGCCAAAAUAAAUUCAAAAAAAAAAAACUAAUAAAACUCCAACUUGAAAUUUUACAACCAAAAAAACUCUCAAAAAUUAACAAAAUCAAGUGCCAAAAAGUGCCUGCCCCAAACAACAGAAAAGACUGAUCCAACCCAGCGAGGGCCCACUGUGAACACAUAGUUGGGAUAAACAAUUAAUUGGCCAGAGGCCAAAGCAAAAGAAGCAACGAAGAAGCGAAGAUCAGAACCAGAGGAAGAUCAAACAGUCAACAGACAACCAACAGGUGGAAGGAAGACCCCAAGACAUAUCCAUCCCCCCACCCUCUUAGAGAGAGAGAGAGAGAGUUCCAGUUGAUGCCUUGGGAUGUCCCAGUCCUCAGAUGAGGAGCAGGAGCAGGAGCAGGCGGAGGCCGAUCCGCUGUCCAAUCUGCUCAGCCUGCAGUUACGCAAGCCGCCGCACUGGAACUGGGAGCUGAGCACCUCCCGCAGUUGCAGCAACAUCGCCCUGCCACGCAUCCUGCUGUACGAUCACACCGGAGCCCUUCUAGUUGACGCCCAGGGCAGCAGCGAGCAGACCUAUCGAUCCACCGAUGCACAGGGCCCUGGACAGGGCCUGUGGCGAGAGCCACAGAGGCGCCGCAAGAGAUCGGCCACCUCCAAUCUGAGCGGCAGCCUGGCGCAUGACUUUCAUGGCCUGCACAUCGCCGAGGCCACGCCCAGUCCGAGCAGGAGCCGGGAGCGCUCGCACACGGGCACCGGCAGCGGCAGCUGCAUCGAGAUCAAUACCCACGAGCUGCCCAACUGGGAGCCCGGCAGCGUCAGUGGCAGCUCCCGGCGCUCCAGCUCGCUGCGUGGCGUUCGAUUCCUGGAGUCGCCACAGCCGCUCGUUGAGCAGGAGGAGGAGGAGCAGGAGGAGGAGGUGGAGCUGCCCGUGUAUCCCACGCCGCCAUCCACCUCCACGACCACAAUGACCACCACCACGGCCAACUCGUCGUCGUCGGGACCGCGGGAGAAGCGGCGCUACCGGCGCUCCCACAGCUCCAUUUUGGAGCGUUUCAGCAUGUCACGUGGGCGCCACUCCUCGCCGGAGUACGCCCAGGAGCGGGACAUAGAGAUGGCGCCACGCUACUAUCUGCGGACCAGCAAGGCGGGCACCCUGGUCAUCCGCGAAGAGAGCUUCAGCCGGAUGCGGCAGCGUCGCCGCCGGCCGCCCAAGCACUCGUCCAGCGAGAACAUCCUCCAGGAUGGGCGUCCGGAGAGCGCCCAGAGUGCCCAGAGUGCCGUGCAGGCCACGACACGGAGGCGUCAUCAGGAGGCAGCGGCGGCGGCGGCGGCGGCCAUCUCCACAUCGGAGGAGGAGCAGCUGGAGGAGAAGCCACGCCCCAGCCACGGGCGACAGUCGCGCGGCAGACGGACGCAGCGCAGCUGCGUCAAGGAUGUGGCCCAGGAACUCAUCACGGUUGAUCCCGACAAUUGUGUCUAUCGUGCGGCGCCGGGCGCCACGGCACGCUAAGGAAACGAAAGCACCGGAAGAAGGAUCAAUAAAGAAGAA